UAAGCAUUGAUAACUUUGAUUCGAUUAAGAUUAGAUCUACAAAUUUUAUCUCUUUUUAAAUGAUUUUAGCAUCAAUUAUGGCAAUUCACUGCGAAAGUAUCUGUAGUAAUUGUUUAAUACUUGUAAACCAUGAUAUCUAUAAUUAGAUAAAUAAUGACCACUCUUACAUCCUCAAACUAGAUUAGAUCUAUCUAUGAUUAAUAAAUAAACUCAAAAUUGAUUUAUCAAAAAUUAGUGGUUUAUACAUGGUAGCCCCAUACAUCCAACUUCAUUUCUCUCACAAAUACAAAUACAAAAAAUUAUGACGGUCAAAAUAAAUGGCAACCAAAAUUGAUAUCAAUCAUCUAUAAUAACAACAUCAACAAAUGAUAUCAUGGAUCCAUCAAUAAAUGGUAAGGACUUGGCGCCGUCCAUAAACUCAGAAUCAACCUCUUCCUUCAACAAUUAUAAUGGCAAUGGAACCAAUGGUGAUGGUGUACUAGCGUCCAAUUUAACCACUACAAAUACAUCAAGUACCACCAAUACAUUUGAAAAUGAUCAUGAAAAACCAUCGUUCUCCAUAGAAACAGUUCAAUUGCAAUUUGAUUUGAGUCAUGGUUUAAUCAACUUACUCGUAUCCAAUAACAUCAUGUUCUUAAUCCUUGUCAAUUCAGUAAUACGAAUAGAUUUAGAUAAUCCUUCUGAAAUCAAAAAAUAUCAAGUUCCAACCAUCAGUAAUAUAUCAAAUCUAUCCAUAACUAAUAAUUGGUUACAUCCCAAUGGAUCUCAUUUAAUCAUUCAAGUCAAUCAUAUCCAUUACUUUUACCUUCAUUCAUCAUAUACUCAAUUCAAAUUAUUACCUCGAUUUAAAAAUCUAAAUAUUGUAGUUAUAGCAUUCCCCACUACUAAUAAUGAUAAUAUUACUGAUUCAGCUGCCACUACAGGUGAAUUCAUCAUAGCAGUUAAAGAAUGUAUUCUUUAUUCUGCUCUUAUUAAAUCUCAUGAUUUCUUAAAUGAAUCAAAUAAAAGAGAUGAUAAAUAUAUUAAACAAAUCUAUAAACAUCCAUCAUCAAAUGGUACGUUACAUGGGUUAACGUUUACCAACAAUAAUAGUCAAAUCAAUAUCUUUAUAAAUGAUACAGUAUAUAUCUGGGAUUGUUUUGAUUCAUCAUAUGCUGAAUUAAUCAAUGUAUUUAAAAAUAAAGCUCAAAAAAUGAUUGAAUUACCCAAAACUUCAAAACCAAUAUUUUCUUCCAAUUAUCAAGAUUAUAUCUAUAUAGAUCCAUCCACUAAUGAAUUUCAAUCUAAUGAUGUUGAAUUAAUCUUAUCAGAUAUUGAAAAAUUACCUACUUCACAUACUCAUUUAUCUCCAACGGCUAAUAUUGUAAUCACGCCUCAUCAUUUAAUCACUUUGGAUCAUGAUAAUGAUAAUUUAUUAAUCUUCAAUAAAUUAAACCCUUUGGAUCUCAUUGAAUUACCAUUAAAUAAGUAUACUCUUGAUAAUGAUAAAAUCAUUGGUAUAUUAGCCGACUAUAAAUUGAAUACUUAUUGGUUAUAUUCAUCAAAUUUCAUAUAUGAAUUGAUUAUUUCUAAUGAAUCGAUUUCAAUAUGGUAUAAUUAUUAUAAAAUGGGGAAAUAUGAUGAAGCUUUAAAAUGUCUUGAAGAAUCUCCUGAUACAAACUAUUAUAAAUUGGAUUUAAUUUUAAUUAAACAAGGGUAUGAUUAUUUACAACGAGGAGGAUUUGGAAGUAUUGAUUAUGAUUAUGAUGAUACCAUUGACCAAUCACUUCAAGCUUUGAAUGAAGAUGAAUUACUUGAAUUACAAGUUAAAGGGAUUAAAAAAUUAGGAAAACUGUCAGAACCAUUUGAGAAAGUUUGUUUAAUGUUAUUAAAUCUUCAACAACAACAACAACAACAAAAAGAUGAUAAUAAAUCAUUUAGUUCGAAGACAUCAGUAAUCAGUAUUGUUUCUCAGAUAUUAUUAGUGGAAUACCUAUUAGUAAAGUUUUCCAUUGCUAAGGAUGUGGAGAAAAAUAAAAUCAGAAUUAUUAUAUUAUCAAGUUGGAUUAUUGAAUUAAUGCUGAGAACAAUCUAUGUUUUAAAUGAUGAUUUACAAACUAAAACCAAUAAUGAUGAGAAUUUAAAAGUGAAAACAUUCAAACAGAGAUCAUUACAAACAUUUGAAACUAAUUUUAAAUCAUUUUUAGCCUCAAAUUAUAAAAUUUUAGAUCGGGAAGUAGUUUAUCAAAUUAUGAUGGAAUUAAAUUUAUCAUCUAAAUUCAUUUAUUUUGCGGAAUUAAUUGAAGAUUUCAAAUUCAUUUUAAAUUAUUAUAUUAAUAUUAAUGAUUGGGAUAACUCGAUAAAGACCAUUAUCAAAUUAUAUACCUCAACUAUUCCUCAUAAGAUUGAUAUCAUAUAUAAAACAUCAGUUGUAUUAUUAAUCAAUUGUCCUCAAUUGAUAGUUAACGUAUGGUUAAAAUUCAAUGAACAAGAUGUUAAUUAUGAGAAUUUCUUACCUGCCAUUUUAAUUUAUAAUAAAAAUAUUGAUAAUAUUAAAUUAUUGGAUAAUUAUUCAAUUAAAUUCUUGAAUAAAUUGAUAUUUGAUAAAGGGAUUAAAAGCAAACAAUUGAAUAAUUAUUAUUUAUCAUUAUUAAUCACUUAUCCUCAUAAAGAAGUUAAUAAUUCUACUAAACAGAUUUUAAAAUUCUUACAUUUUAUUCGAAAUGAAUUAAAUGCUAAUUCAAAAUUACAAUUAUAUGAUGCAAAUUUCAUUUUACGUCUAUGCUUGAAUCAUAAUCAAUAUGAAGCAGCCAUAUUGAUCUUAAUUCAUGAUAUGAAAUUAUAUGAUCUGGCUUUGAAAUUAUCAUUGGAUAAUGAUUUACCAGAAUUAGGUCAGUUUGUACUUCAAGAAUAUGAUAGACAUCAUAAUGAUAAUCAAACAACUUCUACAGCUAAUACAAAUAAUGAAGAAGAUUUUAUUGUGAAGACAAAGUUAGAAGAGGAAACAUUCAGUUCAAGGAAGAAACUUUGGAUUAGUUUUUCAAAGUAUGUGAUUACCAAAGUUUGCAAUGGAGAAAAGAUUGAUCUUCAAUUUGUUGAUAGUGAAGAAGAAGAAGAAGUAGAAAAAGAAAAAGAAAAAGAUGAUGGUGAAACUAUCGUGGAAGAGAAAGGUAAAUCAAAUUCAAAUGGGGUUCAUGAUCUUACUCAAAGUUUAGUUAAUGAUAUAGUUGGAAAGAAAGAUGAAGAUUUAGAAAAAGCUGAUCAUUUAGCUUAUCUGUCACAAAAACUUAAUGAAGUAUUAAAAUACAUUUUAAAACUUUCUAAAUUGAAUAAUAGUGAUAAUAGUGGAGUUAUUGGCUUAAAGGAUUUAUUACCAUUAUUCCCUGAAUCGAUUAUGAUUAAUAAUUUCAAAGAUGAAAUAGUUAAAUCCUUAAAUGAAUAUAAUAAUAAAAUCAAUCAUUUAUCCCUUGAAAUGAAUGAAUCAUUAACUAUCAGUCAUAAUUUAAAACAACAAAUCAAAGAUGCAAAUAAUCUCGAUCAUACAUCUAAAUUAUAUUCUAUAAUUGAACCAGGUGAACCAUGUCAAAUAUGUUUGAAAUUAUUAAUCACUAAGAAUUUCAUAUAUUUCCCAAAUUGUCAUCAUGGUCAUCAUAAAGAUUGUUUAAUUCGAAAUUAUUUAACCUUAAAGAAUGAUUAUCGAUUUAAAAAGAUCUUUAAUAAUUUCAAACGUAAUCCAAAUUCAUCAGUCAACAAACAAGAAUUAAAUGAUAUCCUUACCAAGUCUUGUAUCUUAUGUAACGACGGUAAUAUAAAUCUCAUAGAUCUCGGUUUAAUUGAUCCUGAAAGAGAUCAAUCAGAUAUUGGUAAUUGGGAAUUAUAAUGAUAGUGAUAGUUAAUCUGUAUAGAUCGAUAUUUAGCCAGCUCUUAUACUAACAAUAAAUUUCCUGCACAUAAAAUCAAUAUUUUUUUU